ACCUUUCGAGAUGCCGUGGCCCUCGAUUGGUUGAGUGCCAUGCGACCUGGUGGUAUUAAAUGCAAACGCCUACGCCACGUCCUGUCACUCACUCAGACGCGUAAGGUUACCAUGAGCGUUCAGCGACUCAAAAUUGAGUGCAAAGAGAACCAAGUGAAUACUGCAAUUCAAGCAGCUCAGGAGGCUCUGAAUAAGACCAGGUCAAAUCAGGAAAGGGCCACCUACGUCCGCCAAAUUAUGGAUGACAAAUAUGGACCCGCAUGGAGCUGCAUCACGGGCCAAGACUUCGGAAGCGAAAUCCCUUACCUACCGGAUCACUUUGCUUUCUUUACUGUCGAUGACGUCUCCUUCCUAGUUUGUAAGUCUACGGACAAUGUUAAAGUUAUGUGA